AUGUGGGAAAAUCGUCGUCACUUGUCAGUGCACGCCCACCUCGAACAACCCCUGAUUCCCAUCAAAGUGUUAAAACACAAUGAGCCCAUAGCACACACAAUUGUUGCCGAUCUGGAGAUCCUCUCAUCUCCAGAAGCGGAUUGCCCAUGCUAAUCGUCAGAUGCGUAAAACUCAAUGAACACUCAAGUGCCAGGGGUCCUGACAAAAGU